CGGCCGGUGGCAGCGGCGGCGGGCGGCCGGUGGCGGCGGCGGGCGGCCAUGGCGGCGGUGGCGGAGGCCGGCGGUGACGACGCCCGCUGCGUGCGGCUGAGCGCCGAGCGGGCCCAGGCGCUGCUGGCCGACGUGGACACGCUGCUGUUCGACUGCGACGGCGUGCUGUGGCGCGGCGAGACGGCCGUGCCCGGCGCGCCCGAGGCCCUGUCGGCGCUGCGGGCCAGCGGCAAGCGCCUCGGCUUCAUCACCAACAACAGCAGCAAGACCCGCGAGGCCUACGCCGAGAAGCUGCGGCGCCUGGGCUUCGGCGGCCCGACGGGGCCCGGCGCCGGCCUCGAGGUCUUCGGCACGGCCUACUGCACCGCGCUCUACCUGCGCCAGCGCCUGGCGGGCGCACCGGCCCCUAAGGCCUACGUGCUGGGCAGCGAGGCCCUGGCCGCCGAGCUGAAGGCCGUGGGCGUCUCCUGCGUGGGCGUGGGGCCCGAGCCGCUGCUGGGCGACAGCCCCGGCGCCUGGCUGGACGCGCCUCUCGAUCCGGAUGUGCGCGCGGUCGUGGUGGGCUUCGACCCGCACUUCAGCUACAUGAAGCUCACCACGGCGGUGCGCUACCUGCAGCAGCCCGGCUGCCUGCUCGUAGGCACCAACAUGGACAACCGGCUCCCGCUCGAGAACGGCCGCUUCAUCGCGGGUACCGGCUGUCUGGUCCGAGCCGUGGAGAUGGCCGCCCAGCGCCAGGCCGACAUCAUAGGGAAACCCAGCCGCUUCAUCUUCGACUGCGUGUCCCAGGAGUACGGCAUCGACCCAGAGCGCACCGUCAUGGUGGGAGAUCGCCUGGACACAGACAUCCUCCUGGGCGUCACCUGUGGUCUGAAGACCAUCCUGACCCUCACCGGCGUUUCCACUCUAGGGGACGUGAAGAGUAAUCAGGAAAGUGACUGCAUGUCUAAGAAGAAAAUGGUUCCUGACUUCUAUGUUGACAGCAUAGCUGACCUUUUGCCCGCCCUUCAAGGUUAAAGACUUAGUGUCUUUAAUCUCCAGAAUAAAACAAAUUGAAAACCA